AUGCCGACAUAUAUUCCCAAAACAAAUUUCUCAUUUUUAACCGAAAAUGCCUUAAAUUAUCCGAUACAAAUAACUUCAGCUGAUCCUUCGUUUAUGGGCGACAGAUGUUAUUCGCAUCUUCAUUAUGCGAAGAUUAUUAAUCUUGAAGAUAUUAUACCAUUAGACGUCAUUGUAAACGCGUUAAAAGAUAUCGAAAAGUAUAAAGAUUACAAUAAUAGACAAAAUUGUAUAAAUAGAAAAGAAUUGAAUCGGCAAAAAAAAUUUGUAAUGCAAAAAAAACAUUUAAAGAAAUUGCGAGUUUUUCAAGCUCUAUGUUUAUGGACACAUUUACCACCAACAACAUCAAUAAGUUUAAAUCGCUUUGACCAUAUAAGUAACAUUACCAAUUACUCAUCUUUCCCUUGUCUUCAAAAUGGGUUAUUAUCACCCAAUAGGCAUCCACUAUCGAUUGAAUCAAUUAAUCAAAUAUUGGAAGCAUCAAAUAUAAUUAUCGACGAUUAUAAUACGCCCGAAAAAAUUAAAUUAUUUAUAUUGAAUAACACAAGUCGACUUUUUAAAAUGAAAAACCAUGAAUUACUCGAUAAUGGAAUUACUGAAAUGUAUAACAAAAAUCAGAAUUCAUUGAUCCGUGAUAUCAGCAACGAAUUACAAAUAUUUGAAUGCCAAGUACAAUUAACACCUUCCAAACAUCCCAAUAAAGGUCUACCAACUAGCCAAGCAAUGAGCGUCAAUCCUUCUAAUAGCAAUAAAAUAGUACUUAUAAAAGAACGAAAUGAACAUCAUCAAAUAAACGAAUUUUCAAUAAAGAUAAUGCAGGAUUUAUGUAAAGAAUUAGACCGUUAUUUAAAACAAAUCAAUGAAUCUCGUAUCAUCGAAAAUAAAAUUCUAAAUGAAUUGGAAAUGUGUUUACAAGAACGUCAACGUAAAUCAACUAAACGUGGCAAAUACACAUGUAAAAUGACUCAUUCGAAUAUGUUACUUAUGAAUCGAACAAAAUUAAAAAGCAUGAAUAAUAAUAAUAAUAUCACAAAUAACAUCUCAACACAAAAUAAACAGAAAAAUCAAUCAAAAAUUCCAAAAUAUAACUAUAAUUCACAUCAAAAGUUUUAUAAUCAAUACGAAGGAGAUACUUUACGAAAACCAUCAAAUUGUAUUACUAACAUUGAGGAUGAUGGCUACAAUUGUCCAUCAUUAGUCUAUGAAUUGGAAAAAACCUUUAUAAAACAUUUAGAAGACCAUCAUAAAUUUAUAACAACUUUACAUCAAGUUCGGAAUAGUCGGCAUAAAAGAUUGAUUUGUAAUAAGCUCAAACAAUUUGAAUUGUUAUUAAAUAAAUUAACUAAUGACGAAAAUUUUUCAAAUGAAACAAGUGAAACGAAUAGUGAUCAUACGACAAAUUCGGGUUCCAGAAACGAUUUAUUUUCUGAUAAAGAUAAUUUCAAAGAAUCAUCAUCAUCUGACGAGUGUUUAACAAUAAAAGAGACAAGUACACUUAAUUUAUGCAAUAUUUUAAGUGAUGAUAAUAUUCCAACUCGACAAACCGACGUACUUGUUUUAGAAAACAAAUUAUCUACAUUUUUGUUAGAAAAUAAUGAUGGAGAAUCAAAUUCUUCGAAUAUAAAUGAAACGACUGAAAGUGAAAACAACAGUAGUUUUAGUAGUGAAAAUUUAAAUAAUUUAUUUUCUGUACAAAUACAACAAGAUAAGAUACACAAUGUCAACGUCUUAUCAACACCAAAAGAUAAGAGCCACACUGAAACUAUAAUAAGCAGCCGCCCAUCCGAUGAAAAAUUCUCAUUUAUGGAUGCAAAUGGCAUCCAAUCGUAUGAAAAAUUUUCAAUUAAUGAUACAAACAAUAUAUUUUUAGAAAUUUUGAAUAAACCUAAAAGUUUAUUAUCAUUUUACAAUAACGAUAAUUUUGUACAAUUAUUUGAAACAAUAUUUCAUCCAUUUUACUCAAAACAUUCAUCAUAUAAAAUCCAUAAUGAUUUUAAUAAAGCAGAACCGUAUUCGAAUCGAAUUUGUACUGAAAAUAUUCAUAUUACACCAAAUUCAAAUAUACCUUUGUAUAAUUUCGAAGGAAAUAUUGAUUUUCUAUUUAGAAAUAAUGGAAUUUAA